AUGGCAUUGUCGGAAGGUCACUACGACAUUACUAUACCAAAUGACUCGCACUCCCGAAGGAUCAUACACCUCCGUUUGUCAGAGGAUGUACUAAAACAGCUCCAGGAUGACGAUUCAGUGGAGCUCUCAUUCGAUUUCCAGCCAUCCAACCAAACAUAUCAUCUUAUAGUCAAUGAUGAAGGUCACGAGCUUACGACUUCUCAAGCUCAGAACUUUACUGAGUGCUAUAAACAGGUGCAGCCAAACAAAUUAGAGUUUGUUGGAUCUGUGUCGCAUCUCAUGCAUGUCAAGUCUCAAUUUAAUGACAAGUUACGGUCUGAGAUACGGCAAAAACAGAUUGCUGCAGAGGAACAGAAGCAUUCUAGAAAGAUCGAGUUGACUGAUAUGGUACCUGAUGCAAACAAGAAACGGAAAAAGACAGCCAUGACUCGUGCUGUAUCCAAAGAAAGGUCACCUGCUAUAACGCCCAGUCCCAUAUCACGCUCAGUAUCAUUACCACCGCCAGCUACUUCUACUACCACCGUAUCGUCAUCAUCGUCGACAUCAAAGAAGGAUGACGAUUUGAGAAAGAGGAUGAUUGAGAUUCUGGCGCUGGUACCAAUGACUCUUGACAAGCUAGUCAAGAGAUUGACUGCGUCAGAGGCCAAAGUUCGUCAAGAACUGAAAGAUGUCGCAGAAUACAAUCGUGGAGCAUACGAACUAAAAGAUGCCGCAUAUCGAGAUGUGGAUCCAUAUCAUUGUAGAUGGUAUGAUCGCAAAGAACGUGAAACAGUGAUUAGGAAUGCCAAAAAAGCAUUUCAGGCAUUGAGACUACCAGACCAUGCUCCAGAAUGGAAGAGACUGUCUCCUCCUCCACCACCGCCACAACGAGAACAACAACGAGAACAAUCACUCAGUGUACCAAAUAUGAGUAAAACUAGCAGUAAUCUUUCAACAACAGCAAACGCAGACGAAUACCACUCGGAUUCUGGUACACGUCGUAGUAGUAAUAAUUAUAAACGAGAGGGAACACCCGAUACAUUAGAUCGGCGUGCCAAAAGAGUCAAGACAAGCAGCAGCAAUACGAAAAAGAAGGAUGCAGUUGCAUCGUUGAAAACCAUGUUUGAUAAUCCUCCAAGGAACCUUUCCGUGGCACCGGAAUCACCGUCUUCGAAUGCUGCUUCCAGUGGUGGUAAAUCGCCCGUUGUAGCGGAUAAUCAUGUCUCAGAUAAUGUAGCCUCUAGUAGUAGUAGUAAUAGUAGUAAACCACAGUCAUCUACCACAAAAGCAGUAGCAUCACCAGUAAUACCACAAAGAGUGGUCAAACCAACCGCAACAUCAUCAUCAAUAGCUGCUAAAACAGUAGUCAGUCAAGCAGCAAUACGACUGGAACCAGUAAAACCACUAUCAACAUCCCUAGAUAAACUAUCCGACUCUGAAAUCGAACGAUUGUUUGAUUCGCGGUGGACAUCUCAUGAGACGCUAUAUUCUGAAAUAUGUAAUUUGGCUCAAACUGCUCAGCGGAUGCAUGAGAAGAUGGUGGCUGCUAAUAAUAGUAGUAAUAGCAAUGGUCAUAUACAAAACAGCAAGAUAUCAUCAGGACCAGCAUCAGCAAACAACUCGGCACAUUCUGAAUUGUGUCGUGAAAUUGAUACACAGAUAUCUCAAUUCACUGUGGAUGGUCAUAGUGUUACUUUCAAUCAGGAUGAGCUGAGGAGUCUCUUGUCGGGAGCUGUUACGAAAUAUGAGGUAUUGCGUAGCCAGGUGUCUCAGUUAAAAGCUGAGGUGGAACGAAGGCAGCAGGCCUGA